AAGAAAAAAGACAAAAAUCAGAAAGACAGGUCCAUGGUGCGGAAAAACAGAGUUAAAAUCGCAAAAUACUCCGCACGCGGUGUUUUGUGGUUACAUGAAAUAAGAAAAUCAUAAGCUCCAAAGUGUUGACUUUUGUACCAUUUGGUGCCUUUUGUGCUUUAGUGUGUACACAUUUAUCUAUGUAUAUAUUUUGUUCACAGUGUACACAUUGAAUAUUUUUCAGUGUAGCCGUGUAUGUGUAUGUAUAAAAUAUCAUAAAAUGUUAAAGACGGUGAAAUUGAGGUUCUAUUUAUAAAGUCUGCGCACUUUGGAUUGCGCACUUGUUGUGUAUGUUCACACCACGAGAAAAAAAAGAAGUAUAUUCCUUCAAAUCGAAUUAAGUAUCAGACCGAAAAGUUGAGUGGUAGUGUUUAUCGUAUUGGCGUAGCGAGUAGACGGUUGGUGAUAUUUGCUCCGUGUCAACAAAUUCAUUUAUUUAUUGGUGUCUUGCUGGACACACUGGCAAACAACUCCUCGGUUGAAGUAAAAAAUAAAAAAAAUAAAGACACUUUGGAGAGAUAUUUUUAAGAAGAAAAUACAAAAUAAUAAAAAUAUUAUCUCUCCAAGAAAAAAAAGUUAUUGGUGCGAUUUAAAAAGUAAGCAAAAGAAAGGGAAAAAACUCUGUAUUUUGCGAUUUUUCUGUGUCGCGUGUAAAGGAGAUUAAAUUUUUUUUUUGUAUAAGAAAAGGGUGAUGUGGAAAUUGUGGAAAUUUUCAUACAUACAAAUGAAAAUUCUCAGCAAAUAAAUUAAUUUAAGAAAAAAAUUGUCAAUAUAAAGUGGAAGAGAUUGCGAAUGAGUGAAGAGUUCACAAGAAGAAGAAGAAAAAUUGUACUCAUGGAAUUCAUGGAAUGUGUGUGUCGUUGAUUGUGGCUUUUGUGAACUCCACCAUAGUGUAACAAGUGUUUGUUAAUUAAAUUUAUAGCAAAACAUCGCACAGUGUUUUUCCAUCGAGAAUCAUCGUUUGCAAAAGGGAAAUGAAAUUGUCUUCAUUCGUGUGGUGAAUUGUGCUUUGAACAUUUAGCUAAAACACCUAAAUUGACAAACAUUUUCCCACUGAAAAGUCUUUUAUUAUUUUUUGAAAAAUUCUUUUUCCUCUAUUUUCGUGUCUUUAAAUCAAAAUUUUUACUCUUUGCUGCUGCGUGUAUUUUGAAAGUACACCACAGUGAUGGUGUGGUGGAAGGUAGUAUGAAAACGAAAAAUAAGAUGAGAGACGCGACAUAAGACGUGGAGGGAGAUGAAAAAACGUGCAAAAAAUAAAGUAAAUUCGGCGAAGAGUUAAAAAUAAACUUGACCACGUCGCUAACACAGCGUUUUCGUUUCGAUGAAUAAUUUUUACUCUUGUGGGGCUUUUGUUGCUAUUUACAUUCACUUUGAGCGCACACACAAAACGCGGCAGCUCGAAGAGAUAUGAAAUUUUUAUUUUGUUGAAUAAAAAUUGCGUGAAGUGUCACGAAAAGAACGGGAACAAUUUAGAAAAUAAAAAAUAGUGGAAAAGAAGGAAAUAAAAAUAAAAGAGGAAAAAGACGAAUAAACAAUAAAAAACAAUUUAAAAAAAAAACUUUUAAUUUUCUCUGUGUAUAGUUUACCUACCUUUCGUAGCAGUGUUUUAAUGUGCGUGUUGCAAUUUAAUUAUUUUAACGUGUGACUUUCCACAAAAGGACUUUUUUCGUGAAAAUACACCAAAAUGAGCACAAUGAAAUGAACUUAAAAAAAAACUUCAUUGAAAGUGUUGUGUGAAGCAAGAAAAAAAGAAUUGUUAAAGUGUUGUUACGCGAACGAUUUUUAUCUGUGUAAAAGAGAGGAAUUCCAUUUGACUUGAUUUUUAUUUUGCAAGUUUUUCUAAAAAAAACAAAACUACCUUUUAGUGAAUCAAAACAACGUGCAAAAGAAAAACACACCAAGAGGCACCACUCCUCAGAGACAUUCCUCAUGUGGAGUGUGAUUGAAAAUAAUUGACCAAUAUUGGUUGAGAUGCACGUUUUAAAAUUAGAAAUGGCUCGCGAUUCAGCGGUGGGCAGAGAUAGAGUUUUGGUGAUGCCCAGUGCGGGUGGAGCAAUACCAUUGGAUGGUGUUCCGAGUCAGCCACAGGCUCCAGAUGAUAUUAAUCAGCAAAUUUUGGAGCUAAAGAAGGAGCAAGAAAUGCAGAAACAAAUGCUUUGGCAUACAUUUCAUGAGAAGAACAAACAACUUGAGCUUCAGCAUAAAUUGCAAUUGGAGCACAAAUAUCAGUUUGCGGGGCUUUCCAAUGGCGUAUUCCAGGAACUGAGAGAACAGAGGAUUGCAGAAGAACAACAACAACAGCGGGAACGCCGCGAAAGGGAGGUGAUGAGGCGCAAAGAGAAUAAUUGCAGUGCAAAUGCAAGUUCAGAGGUCAAACAGAAACUUCAGACCUUCCUGAUGAAUAAGAAGCAGAAUGCUGCAACAAAUGGCAUGACCACAUCGUCACCGUAUAGAAAUUGGGGUGUGGUGAAAAGCUCUUCAGGUGAAUCACUGCCAGCUGGUGCUGGGGUAGCUGCUGUAAGUUCGCAUCCGUAUAAAAUUCCACAACCACCAUCAUCAAUCGCCAAAUAUGAUUCCGAUUUUCCACUUCGCAAAACAGCUUCGGAGCCGAAUUUGCUGAAGAUUCGCUUGAAACAGAGUGUGAUUGAGCGAAAGGCACGCAAUGGACCCUUGGCGGCAAGACGGCAGGAGAGACUACUUCAAGCUGCCCAAAGGCGACAGCAGAAGCAACAGAAUUCAGCUUUAGCAACGGCGACAAAUUGCACAACAACACCGGAUUCAGGCCCAAAUUCCCCACCCACGCUGACAAAUCGAGGAUCACCAACAAGUGCACCCAUUCAAGAGGAGAAUGAAGAUCCUAACUAUCAGGGUAAUCGAGGAAGUAUCAAUGAUCUUGCUCUAUUCAGUUCACCAUCAAUGCCCAAUAUUUCCUUGGGGAGACCUCAUCUGGGUAGUGCUCACAAUGCCAAUAAUCUGGCCCUCCUCUCGAAUUUCCGCACUCAUGCUCAAUUGGCAGCUGCUGCUGUUGCCGGAGCCCCCUAUUACACCCCAAUGCCACCGAUUGAGCACCCAGCUGAGCUUGCAUCCCACCUCCAUCCAUCUAAUAUUCAUCACAUGGCCGCUACGCAUCUGGCUAUGCAUGGUCAAGUUCCCGGGCUCUAUGGGCAACCUAUUACGGAUACCCAGGUGGCACAUGCAAGGCUCAAUAAGCAGGGUCAUCGGCCAUUGGGGAGGACACAAUCGGCGCCCCUUCCACUUGGGCAUCCCAUGCUAACGGGUGCUGGUUCCGUGAACAUUGGGCAGACGCACUAUGAGAAUAGUGAUGCUGAACGUCAGGCAAUGGAGCAGCAGCAUAUGUUGCUGACGCAGAAAAUCCGUCAGACAGUUCUAACGCGUGCUGGUGGGAGUCGUGAGCCGCAACUGAAGGAGGAGGAAUCGGGUGAAGUGAUUGAUUUGACGGAUAAGAAGCAACCACCGAAAACUGUACUUACCAGUAGUGUGAUCACGAGUACAUACCAGCGUCAGAAUGAGGAGCGUGUGAGGGAUCAGGAGUACCUGAAGCAGCAGCGUGAGCUCCUUAUUCGCCAAUCAAUGCACAUUUCCGUCGAUGAUCCCUUUGUGCGGGGCUUUGUGAAGCCGCUCUCGCGAACACUCUCGAGUCCUCUGGUGCACCUUGGGCAGCAACAACCACCACCACCGUGUAGUAUCCCAGAUACGGGACAGCACUCCCUUGAUCACAGUCCACCACCUGUUAAUCUCACUGUGCCCCAUCGGCGGAGUUUAGUUGGGGGAGCUCCUGGACCAACACACAUCACGACAGGAUUGGCCUUCGACAACCAAAUGCUGAAGCACGCUUGCAUCUGUGGUGAUAAUUCAUCGCACCCGGAGCACAGUGGACGUUUGCAGAGUGUCUGGGCGCGUCUUGUGGAGACGGGCUUGGCAAAUCGGUGCGAUCGCUUGAGAGCACGACGUGCCACACAGGAGGAACUCCAGACGGUGCACACGGAAGCGCAUACAAUGCUCUUUGGGACAAAUCAACUCAAUCGCCAUAAGCUCGAUGCGAGUCGGGUGAGUUUUGUGCGUUUAGCAUGCGGUGGACUUGGGGUGGAUUUGGAUACAACGUGGAAUGAGCAUCACACCUCGGCGGCGGCAAGAAUGGCAGCGGGGUGUGUGAUUGAUUUAGCCAUGAAGGCAGCCAAGGGGGAUAUAAGGAAUGGGUUUGCCGUUGUCCGUCCACCGGGGCAUCAUGCAGAACCCGAUGCAGCCAUGGGCUUUUGCUUUUUCAAUUCCAUCGCCCUGGCGGCGAGAAUUGUCCGGCAGCGUGUCCCGGAGGUACGGCGUGUUCUCAUUGUUGAUUGGGAUGUACAUCAUGGCAAUGGGACGCAGCAGGUGUUCUAUGACGACCCAACAGUUCUCUACCUCUCAAUUCAUCGGCAUGACGAUGGGAAUUUCUUCCCGGGCACAGGGGGUCCUACGGAGUGUGGUGUUGGCCCCGGGGUUGGGUUCAAUGUGAACGUGGCGUGGAGUGGGGGCUUGUCUCCGCCACUUGGUGAUGCGGAGUACCUCGCAGCUUUCCGGACAGUUGUAAUGCCCAUUGCGAGGGAAUUUGCACCGGAUAUUGUGCUUGUUUCGGCGGGAUUUGAUGCAGCAAGUGGGCAUCCACCACCCCUGGGUGGCUAUAUGGUCUCCCCAGCGUGCUUUGGGCACCUCACGCGGGAACUCAUGCAACUUGCCGAAGGACGAGUGAUUUUAGCCCUUGAGGGGGGUUACGAUCUCCCGGCAAUUUGUGACAGUGCCCAGGAGUGUGUACGUGCUCUCCUUGGGGAUGAUCUCAAUCAAAUAGCCGACACUGAACUCGCCAGGCCACCGUGUCAGAAUGCCAUUGAGACACUUCAGAAGACAAUUGCCAUUCAGAUGAGCCAUUGGCCGGCUGUGAAGAGACUCGCCCACACUGUCCCAUUCUCAGCCAUGCAAGCACUAACCAGUGAGAGAGAUGAAUCAGAAACAGUCACCGCUAUGGCGGGUCUCUCAAUGCAAUCCCUUCACAGAUCAUCAAGAGACCUAUCAAGGGAAGAUUCCGAAGAGCCCAUGGAUCAAGAUGAGAAGUAAAACAACAAGAAAAGCUUCUGAAGAGAAAAUGAAUCAUAAAAAAAAUUCGAGGAUACUCAAAUUUCCAAAAGUCGAACAACAGCGAGGAAGUUUAAUUAAGGAAAAAUGGAAUUUUCUGGCAUAAAUACGUUGUAAGUAUUUAUUAAUUUAGCCGAAAUGAUUGUAGAUAAAAAAAAAACAAGAAAAAGGAAUUUUAUUUGAUUUGAAGUGAAAAGGAAGAAAAGAUUUUUCUGUGGAUUGAAAAAAUAUCCAAUUGACGAUAUUUUGUUGCUUAAUUUUCAUUGCAAGAAGACGAUUGAUGCGUAAAGAAAAGGAAAAAUUUAAUCAGGGGAAGGAAAAGAGAAAAAUUGUUGGUCAGUUGGCGUUAAUUUGUGGUAAAUAUAUAUUUGAAAAGAAAAAAAAAUGGAACAAAGGGAGGUUGUUGGAGAAGAAGAAGAAUUUUCUCAAAAGCUGUGUGUAAUAAAUGUCCACACUGCGGGGGUUGAUGGGGGUUUCUUGCAAAGCAACAAAUUCCCCCAAAACACCCUGUUUGUGUUUCUAUGGGAUAAAAAUAAAAUUCUUUUAGACAGGAAAGUAACGACGAAGAAAAUAUCGUGAUUUGCUCAAAGCUUUAUUAUUACAAAAUACAUUUUAUUUUCUUCUGUGGAAAGUCCUUUUUUUUAAAAUGAAGAAUUAACGAAAAAGAAAAACUUUAUAGAGUUAUGGAAACUUUUUUUUUAAUUAACUUUGAUUUUUAUUGAAAUUUUAGAUCAAAAAAUUGCAAAUUCGAGGCAAAUAAUUAGCCAUUUAUCCAUUUAAAAAUUAAACUCAAGUUGAUUGAAUUUAAUUUAUAUUAUUUUUCCACAUUAAAAGAAAAUAAAUCACGGUAUAGUACCUACCAAAAAUAUUUCCAUAACAUAAUCUGUGUGCUGUUUAUGGUUAAAAAAAAACAUGGAAAAGUAAUCAUGAUAAGCUCGUAUAAGAGGGAUAGACGAUAGGCGGAGUGACAGAAGAUAAUAUCAGAAAGAGUAAAUGUUGAGUGACCUUAAUGUACGUCAACGAAAAAAAACAUUAAAUUAAUCUCAAAUGGGGAAAUUUUUAUUUAGAAAAAUUAGAAUCCCAAAUAAAUUAGUAAAACUUAUAGAGAAAAUUGAAAAUAAAUUACACACUGUGCAGCAAAUUAGAGAGAUUUGAUUGUUAUUGAUUUCUGGGAAGAAGGGACGCUAUUUUGAAUUCUUAUUUAACAAUAAAUAAAUAAUUAUUUGAUUGAUAGAUUCAAAAUUUUUUUAAGAAAGAAAAGAAAAAAAAUCGAUCUUCGGUUAAAUGAAAAAACGUUUUGAAAUAACGAUUUUUUUACAUUUUGACAUACUUGAGGUAGUUUGAUAGCUGCAAAUGUCAAAAAUAUGACAGAAGUUAUUUGACAUCUAUUCGAUAAGUCAAAAUUUGAGAUCAACUGUCAAUCAAAUUGCUACAUUAAAAAUUAAUUUAUUCAUUCAAUGAAUAAAGAAUUUUAGAAGUUUGUCAAAGAGUUUUUUUAAUUUUACUUUCAAGGAUUUUAAUAGAAUCCGAAGGUAGAAUCAGUUAAAUAUCACUAAUUUUUUACAAUUUUAUUCGUUUGACAGCUUCAAAUAUAAAAUUGCUGCAGCUGUCAAAACUUAUCAUUUCAGAAUUUUAUAAAAUUGCUAAAGAUGGCGCAAUUUGUUUUACCUUAAAAUGUUCAAAGAUAAUUUUAUUUUAUUAAUUUAUAUUCACUUAAAUCCAUGAUAUUUCAUGAAAUAUUUACUGCGGAAAAAUAAAUCUUGUCACUCAUUCAAACGUUCGUAAAGUCGUUAAAAUUAACGUUUAUUUACUGAAGUUUGAAAUAUCAAAAUGGCGGCAACGACAUGGCGUCAUUUAGAGCGUCCUUAUAAAAUCUUCAAAGUUUUAAGAAGAGAUUUUGCUGCACAUUGUGUAUUUAUGAUUAUAAAUUUAAGCGACCUAAACUAGAUAACAAAAAAAAAUGAAACCUCUGCAAAUUCUUUCCGAUUAUAUCCUUCCAUCUUCUAUUGAGGGAAAAUACUUCUUAAAAAUAAAAUAGUCUUUUUGAAAUGAAAAAAAAAAUCGAUGCUGGUUCGUCGAUUGAAACCAUUUGUUUUUUCUCUCUCUAUACAAAUUCCUUAACCACACACCUUUUUAAUCAUUCGUCACACGUUGUUUUUUAAGUGGAUGUUCAAAGAUGUUUAAAAAUAAAGAAAUUCUAUAUUUACACAAAAUUAGGAUAGAAGCAAAAUAUAUUAUUAAUUAAAGAAGGGAGAGAGAGGGGGGGAGAGAAAAUUUAAUGGGAUUGUUUCCGCAAGUUGUUGUACAACCUUUUUAUUGUCUUCUGUGAAAAAUAAUGGGGAGUUUAGAGGGGAAAUUUUUCUGAAGCACAUACGCCAUUUUUUACAGUAUAAAAAAACAGAUUUUACGUGUUGAUCUAGCGAGAUAGAGUGACCAUCAUUUUGUAAUCUUGGGGGAUUUGUAACAUUUCCACCCUGAGAUUCUUCUCAUUAUUGAAUAAAUAUUUUUUAAAUAGGAAAAGAAACAGCAGUUCCAUGACGUAAUAAGAUUUCAGAAUAAAUGCGUUGUCGUCUCGCUAGUCAGCUUUGAAGAAAAAGAAAUCACAUAAAAAAGAAAUUGAAAGAAAGUUAGUUUAUAAAAGAAAGUAAAAUAAUUGUUGUACGUGAUAAUAUAAUUAGAUAAAAAAGAAUCGUUUGAAUGAAAAUUAAAGAAAAAAAAAAGAAAAUAAAUAUGUUGGGAGGGAGAUAAGAAUGUGGUAAAAAUUGAGGAAGAGUAACAAUAAAUUGUUAGGAAUAUAAAGAGAAAAAAAGGUAUAUAAAAUGAAAUAUUGAAUGUAGGUUACAAUUUAAAGAAGAAAAAAAAGUUAUAGAUGAAAAAUAAACUAAAAGAAAUUAUAUUAAUUGAAUGUAUAUUUUUUUAAAUAAUAUUAAUUAACUUGAGAUGAUGAGUAUUUUGUACAAUAAUUACGAUUAAAUUGUGGAAUCAUUUUUCAAAAUGAAAGAUAUUAAAAAAAAACAUGGUGCAGGACUUUUGGGUGGGAUGUAGGAAAUUUUUAAAAAAAAUGGUAAAGAUUUAGUAGACAAAAAAAUGGAAAUAUUUUCGCUUAUGCGUUCUGAGCGACAGAUUUGCAAAAAAAAGGAAAAAAAAUAGUUAGGAAUUUUGAUUGAAAAUGCGGAUCCGGUGAUGAUUUUAAUCCAAUUUUUAAUAGAAAAAAGAAAAGCACAUUCACGUGUUCGGUGACAAAUAAAAAAAAAAAGUUUUUCAAUUUGAAGAAAAAAAUCACUUUAGUAAAUCACAAAUUUUAUAUACACAAUUAUGGAAAAAAUUAUAGCGUAUGUUGGGAGAAUUUGACGUUGUAAUUUUUGACAGAAAAAAACAAGCAUUUAAUUUUACUCACAGUGAUUUUUUUUCAAUAUCGGCAGAAAGAAAACAAGAAGAAUUUUUAUAGAAUAUUCAGCUAAAAAUGAUUAAAGUUUCGGCAAUUUUUUGUAGAUUGACAGCUGCAAAUGUCAACAAUAUGACACCACACACGAUUUGACGGAUAACUGCAUCUGUCAAAAUUUCACAAAUGUCAGCAAAAGAAUUUUUUUUACAAAAUUUGCUUUUCAAAAGAAUCGUCAAAAAAUAGGAAAAAAUAGUAAAAUAUAUUUGUAAUAAAAUAAUCAUUAAAAAAUAUUCUGAAUCUCCAUUUUUUGACAUCGAUAUUGCAGAUAGAUAAAAUAUUAUUAAAAACACGAUAGAGCUAUGAAGAAAAAAAAUUAGAAAAAUUUCUGAUGAAUCAAAGAGAGAGAAAAUGUCGUGGAAAUCCCAUAAAAUCCAUUUAAUCGUAUACCCCUAUAUCUCCGAAAAAAAUUGAAUAAAUGUUAAUAAAAAUGGUACAAAGGAGACGAAAGGAUGAGCAAAAUAUUGAAAAAUAUCCUAAAAGAAAAUUUGUUAUAUGGAAAAAAUGUUAUUUGUGCAGAAUUCCGUGUGGUUUUCACGUCGCAAGAAUGACGAUGAAAUAUCUCUCCCAAAUAAAAAUCUCUUUGUAAUUCAAUGUCCAUGGAAAAAAAUCCUCUUUCAAAAGAGAAAGAAAAUAAAAUUAUCCUACAUGUUUUCGCUUAAGAUGUUCUCAAAAAAAAAAUGAAGGAAUUAAAAAAACAACAGAGAUAAACAGCUUGAAAGCUAUAAAAACAGCAGAAAAAAUCUCUUUAAAAAAAGCACGCAACAUUCCAAUGAGUUUUAAAGUAAAAAAAAAAACAUGAUAAACUGAUAAAAACUACAAAAAUUAUUUUUUGCUAUGUUUUAGAAUCAAAAUGGCGGUAGUUUAGGUGCUGAUUUGGGACAGGGGAUGAUUUUUUUAAAAUUGUUGUCUCUUCAAAAGAGAAUAAUAAAAAAAACUCAUCCGCUGAACCUUCACUCAUGCAAAAGCACCUCCAUUUUCUUUUAUUUGUUAAAUGUAAUUUGUAUAAAUGUAGGAUUUUUUUAAAACUUAAAUGAAAAAUUAAAAAAAAAAAUCACAAUGGUGGAAAAAAUGUUGAGAUAGUGAAGAAAAUUUCAUACAAUAAACCAACGAAUUUUUAUUCUUUAAUUUAUUAAUUGUAAAUAAAUGUGUAUAAUUAAUUUAUAUAUUUGAAAUGAAAAAUGGGUAUAAUAUUGUGCAAAGAUGAAAAAAUAUAUCCUUAAUGUUUAUUGCAGAAUUUAACACACAAAAAAAUUUGUUAAGUGUACAACACUAAAAAAAAAUAAUGAAGAUAAAAACAUGGAUAUGAGUUUGGCGUCUCUUGGCGUGGUGAGUUUGUCAAGAUGGUGGGAAGAGAGGAAUUGUGGUGUUUUUCAGGGUUAAUUGCAAAGAAAGAGGAGACAAUUCAAAUACAAAUAAACUAUCUAUAUUUGGA